UUUUUGUUGGAGACUUGUCAAAAAUCGUUAUUCCCCGUAGGAACGCGUUGAUUUACUUUUUUGUUUUAGUUCUUUUUUUACUUAUUUUUUUGUUGUUUUCAGUUGUUUUUAAUCGUUCUAAAGUAUAUCAAUUCUCAUUUCUUCAAAUUAUUUUCUUACUUAACAAAUGUUUCCGCGUCGUUCUCGUUCAAAAACGCCUGGAGGGAAUGCAAAAGAAGGACUUUAUGUGCAGACGUUUAAGCCUCUUCCUUCGAUUCAUAGUAAACAACGAAUUAAUGUAUGCAUAAAUUUUUGUUUUGUUUACAAUAGGUUUUAUUAUUGUUUGUCCUUUUUUGGCCUGUAGAGCCCAUAAAUAGCGUUUAAACGGGGAAUGGUGUGUCUCUCCUUAUUUUCAAUACUAUUUUUAGUUACCUGACAAGUUUAUGUAAAUAAGGGUUGAUGGGGGGUAUUUUUCUCUACAGAGCACCUUUUGUUGUUUUCCCAUACCUGUCCACUCUCAAAAGGGGAAGGAAAUUGACCAGUGCCCGGUUGGGGUUAGGGAAGAGUCCCUUCCUUGCCCUGGUAUGGCUGUUUCCUUUUUGUAACGCGGAAGAGCUUCCCUAAUCUAGGAAGAGGGCGUCUUUUGUACGUUGCGCCGAAAUACCAAACCCCAAAAAGCCGUAGAAAUACCCACUCUCCAAUGGUGGUUAUACCAUUUUAGAGUGAUCAGGCGCUUUGAGGAGAGUCUCAUGGUUAGAGAAGAGUUUCUUACUUGCUCUGGUAAAGCUACGUCCUUUUUGUAACGGGGGAGAGCUCUAGGAAGGUGGGUCUUUUGUACGUUGGAGAGCGUAGCGCGCCGAAAUACCAAACCCCAAAGUCGUCGAAGUGCCUACGCCUACUAUAAAGUGCCUACGCCUCCUGAUCACUCCCAUGUGAGGGUGAUCGAUCAGCGUUUUUGGAGAGGGUCUCAUAAAUAGUCCAGUUGACAGUCAAGUUGUCCCUAACUUUCAAAUCAAUCUUUUUUCAGAUGUUAAAGAAUAAGACUACAGUCAAUGCUUUCCAUAGCAGUCAUUCAGCUGGUGCCCCGACUACUACUACUCAAAGUGUUCCUAAGCCACGUGGAACUCCUCUUGUACAUGAGGCAACCUAUUUACAGAGAGGGGAUCAACGUACAGUCGAGGCACCAAUUUCUUCUCAAAGUGCUCCUAAGCCACGUGGAGCUCCUCCUGUGCAUGAGGCAAGCUAUUUACAGAGAGGAGAUCAACGUACAGUCGAGACACCGAUUAAUCAAAGUGCUCCUAAGCCACGUGUCGUUCCUCCACAGACUUCUACACAGCCGACUCCAAGAGCUCCAGUUGUUCAUCCACAAACUGCUAGACCUUCAGGUGCUGCUGGUGUUCAAUCUUCAAAUAGUAUGGGAAGGCAAAACGUGCGGAAGGGUCCACCGAGUGAUCCAAGGCUUCAGAGUGCUCCUAAGCCACGUGGAACUCCUUCUGUACAUGAGGCAACCUAUUUACAGAGAGGAGAUCAACGUACAGUUGAGAUAUCUUCUUCAUUGACUUCAAAAAAACGACAACAUGAACGUUUUCCACCAAUGGACAAUUAUGUUAUUCGUCAACAAGAAGUAACUACUCAAUCACCACCUUCCAAACGUCAAAAUCAACCUCAACAACGCCAACCUGAGCAACUUCUUCCAACCCCAAAAUUACAACAAAAUGAUGUUGGUGGUGGUCGGCAACAACGAGAAGAAGAAGAAGUUGUUCGUCAACGAUCUUUAACUCCUCAACAAAAUAAUGGAGAAAUUUUAAAAUUUGUUCAAACUAUUUCUGAGCAGAACGACCUCGUUAAAGAAAUGUUGAAAUCAUCACUAUCAAGUCGUGGUGCCAGAGAAGAUGAAGAUGAUUAGUGAAAUUACUGAGAAACUUGCAAAAUUUGCGGAGGCGGUUAAAACA